CGCUGAUGAAUUGCAGGAGUGCCGGCGCUCGCCAGCCGAGGCAGCACGGCUCCGCGGACUUUUUUUCAAACUCCCAUCAAUGAGACUUCGAGGAGGAGCGGGCGGCGGCGGCGGUGACUGCUGGCGCGGAGGAAGGCGAGGAACCGCAGGAGGAGCCGGAGGAAAGAGCGCGGGCCGCGCGGCAAGCCGAAGCCUCGGGGAGCCGCCUGCUCGCCGGCGGUAGGGGCUGCGGGGCGCCCGCCAGCCCCUCGGUCCCCUCUCCCGCCUGGCCCGCCGCACCCCCGCUGGCCGGAGCCCCGGCACCAGGCAGCCAGCCGAGGGUCGCCGCGCCAGCCAAGGUGGGAUGGGGGCCCACCGCCACCGCCCGGAGCCCGAGAGGCCACCUGCGUGCUAGAGGCAAACUUUUGUCUCCCUCGGGUUACCACCCAGGACGAUGAGCGGCUGAGAUGGAGACAUCUGCCUCAGCCACGGCCUCCGAGAAGCAAGAAGCCAAAAGUGGGAUCCUGGAGGCUGCAGGCUUCCCCGACCCGGGCAAAAAGGCCUCUCCUCUGGUGGUGGCCGCAGCGGCAGCAGCGGUGGCUGCCCAAGGAGUGCCGCAGCACCUCUUGCCACCGUUCCAUGCGCCCCUACCCAUUGACAUGCGACAUCAGGAGGGAAGGUACCAUUACGAGCCUCAUUCUGUCCACGGCGUGCACGGGCCCCCCACCCUGAGCGGCAGCCCUGUCAUCUCUGACAUCUCCUUGAUCCGGCUUUCCCCACACCCGGCUGGCCCUGGGGACUCCCCCUUCAACGCCCCCCACCCAUAUGUGAACCCCCACAUGGAGCACUACCUCCGUUCCGUGCACAGCAGCCCCACGCUCUCCAUGAUCUCUGCAGCCAGGGGCCUCAGCCCCGCUGACGUGGCCCAGGAGCACCUUAAGGAGAGGGGUCUGUUUGGCCUCCCUGCUCCAGGGACCACCCCCUCAGACUAUUACCACCAGAUGACCCUCGUGGCGGGCCACCCCGCACCUUAUGGGGACCUGCUGAUGCAGAGCGGGGGUGCUGCCAGCGCACCCCAUCUCCACGACUACCUCAACCCAGUGGACGUGUCCCGUUUCUCCAGCCCUCGGGUGACGCCCCGCCUGAGCCGCAAGCGGGCGCUGUCCAUCUCCCCGCUCUCAGACGCCAGCCUGGACCUGCAGCGGAUGAUCCGCACCUCACCCAACUCGCUGGUGGCCUACAUCAACAAUUCCCGCAGCAGUUCAGCGGCCAGCGGCUCCUAUGGGCACCUGUCGGCGGGCACCCUCAGCCCAGCCUUCACCUUCCCCCACCCCAUCAACCCCGUGGCUUACCAGCAGAUUCUGAGCCAGCAGAGGGGUCUGGGGUCAGCCUUUGGACACACACCACCCCUGAUCCAGCCCUCACCCACCUUCCUGGCUCAGCAGCCCAUGGCCCUCACCUCCGUCAAUGCCACGCCCACCCAGCUCAGCAGCAGCAGCAACUGCCUGAGUGACGCCAACCAGAACAAGCAGAGCAGUGAGUCGGCUGUGAGCAGCACCAUCAACCCCGUCGCCAUUCACAAGCGCAGCAAGGUCAAGACCGAGCCUGAGGGCCUGCGGCCGGCCUCCCCUCUGGCACUGACGCAGGAGCAGCUGGCUGACCUCAAGGAAGACCUGGACAGGGAUGACUGCAAGCAGGAGGCUGAGGUGGUCAUCUAUGAGACCAACUGCCACUGGGAAGACUGCACCAAGGAGUACGACACCCAGGAGCAGCUGGUGCAUCACAUCAACAAUGAGCACAUCCACGGGGAGAAGAAGGAGUUUGUGUGCCGCUGGCAGGCCUGCACGCGGGAGCAGAAGCCCUUCAAGGCACAGUACAUGCUGGUGGUGCACAUGCGGCGGCACACAGGCGAGAAGCCCCACAAGUGCACGUUCGAGGGCUGCUCGAAGGCCUACUCACGCCUGGAGAACCUGAAGACGCACCUGCGCUCCCACACCGGGGAGAAGCCGUACGUGUGUGAGCACGAGGGCUGCAACAAGGCCUUCUCCAACGCCUCGGACCGCGCCAAGCACCAGAACCGCACCCACUCCAACGAGAAACCCUACAUCUGCAAGAUCCCAGGCUGCACCAAGAGAUACACAGACCCCAGCUCUCUCCGGAAGCAUGUGAAAACGGUCCAUGGCCCAGAUGCCCACGUCACCAAGAAGCAGCGCAACGACGUGCACCUCCGCACACCGCUGCUCAAAGAGAACGGGGACAGUGAGGCCGGCGCCGAGCCUGGCAGCCGUGGUUCUGAGGACAGCGCCGAGGCCAGCAGCACCAGCCAGGCUGUGGAGGACUGCCUGCACGUCCGAGCCAUCAAGACCGAGAGCUCCGGGCUGUGUCAGUCCAGCCCCGGGGCCCAGUCGUCCUGCAGCAGCGAGCCCUCUCCCCUGGGCAGUGCCCCCAACAAUGACAGUGGCGUGGAGAUGCCGGGGACGGGUCCCGGGAGCCUGGGAGACCUGACGGCGCUGGAUGACACACCUCCAGGGGCCGACACCUCAGCCCUGGCUGUCCCCUCCACCGGUGGCCUCCAGCUGCGCAAACACAUGACCACCAUGCACAGAUUUGAGCAGCUCAAGAAGGAGAAGCUCAAGUCACUCAAGGAUUCCUGCUCAUGGGCCGGGCCGACUCCACACACGCGGAACACCAAGCUGCCUCCCCUCCCGGGAAGUGGCUCCAUCCUGGAAAACUUCAGCGGCAGUGGGGGCGGCGAGCCCUCGGGACUGCUGCCCAACCCGCGACUGUCGGAGCUGUCCGCGAGCGAGGUGACCAUGCUGAGCCAGCUGCAGGAGCGCCGCGACAGCUCCACUAGCACUGUCAGCUCGGCCUACACCGUGAGCCGCCGCUCCUCCGGCAUCUCCCCCUACUUCUCCAGCCGCCGCUCCAGCGAGGCCUCGCCCCUGGGCGCUGGCCGCCCGCACAAUGCCAGCUCCGCAGACUCCUACGACCCCAUCUCCACAGACGCGUCGCGGCGCUCGAGCGAAGCCAGCCAGUGCAGCGGCGGCUCCGGGCUGCUCAACCUCACGCCCGCGCAGCAGUACAGCCUGCGGGCCAAGUACGCAGCGGCCACCGGCGGCCCCCCGCCCACCCCGCUGCCCGGGCUGGAGCGCAUGAGCCUGCGGACCAGGCUGGCGCUGCUGGAUGCGCCAGAGCGCACUCUGCCCCCCGGCUGCCCACGCCCGCUGGGGCCGCGGCGUGGCAGCGAUGGGCCGACCUAUGGCCACGGCCACGCAGGGGUCGCACCCGCCUUCCCUCACGAGGCUCCGGGCGGCGGCGCCAGGCGGGCCAGCGACCCUGUGCGGCGGCCCGGUGCCCUGGCCCUGCCGCGGGUGCAGCGCUUCCACAGCGCCCACAACGUAAACCCUGGCCCGCUGCCGCCCUGUGCCGACAGGCGAGGCCUCCGCCUGCAGAGCCACCCUAGCACCGACGGCGGCCUGGCUCGCGGCACCUACUCGCCCCGGCCGCCCAGCAUCAGUGAGAACAUGGUGAUGGAGGCCGUGGCGGCAGGAGCGGACAGCGCGGGGCCCGAGGCCGACCUGGGGCUGCCGGAGGACGACCUGGUGCUGCCCGACGACGUGGUGCAGUAUAUCAAGGCGCACGCCAGUGGCGCUCUGGAUGAAGGUGCCGGGCAGGCGUAUCCCACGGAAAGCACUGGCUUCUCUGACAACCCCAAACUGCCCAGCCCUGGGCUGCACGGCCAGCGGAGGAUGGUGGCUGCGGACUCCAACGUCAGCGCCUCCAUCCCUGUGCCGGGAGGAUGCCAGCUGGGCUUUGGGGCGCCCUCCAGCCUGAACAAAAAUAACAUGCCUGUGCAGUGGAACGAGGUGAGCUCCGGCACGGUGGACGCCCUGGCCAGCCAGGUGAAGCCUCCACCCUUUCCUCAGGGCAACCUGGCCGUGGUGCAGCAGAAGCCAGCCUUUGGCCAGUACCCAGGCUACAGUCCACAAGGCCUACAGGCGAGUCCUGGGGGCCUGGACAGCACGCAGCCACACCUGCAGCCCCGCAGCGGAGCCCCUUCCCAGGGCAUGCCCAGGGUAAACUACAUGCAGCAGCUGCGACAGCCAGCGGCAGCCAGCCAGUGUUCUGGCGUGACUACCACUAUGAGCCCCCAUGCCUGCUACGGCCAAGCCCACCCCCAACUGAGCCCCAGCACCAUCAGCGGGGCCCUCAGCCAGUUCGCCCCAUCCUGCAGCAGCAUGCCAGCCAAACCAGGCCAUCUGGGACACACACAGCAGACGGAAGUUGCACCUGAUCCCACCAUGAUGGACAACCGCCACAGGGAGCUUGGGGUCCUCAAUUCAGCCCUGGCUGGAGUGCCACCACCUCACCCAGUCCAGAGCUACCCACAGCAGAGCCAUCACCUGGCAGCCCCCAUGAGCCAGGAGGGCUACCACCAGGUCCCCAGCCUUCUGCCUGCCCGCCAGCCUGGCUUCAUGGAGCCCCAGCCAGGCCCAAUGGGAGUGGCUACAGCAGGCUUUGGCCUAGUGCAGCCCCGGCCUCCGCCCGAGCCCAGCCCCGCUGGCCGCCACCGUGGGGUACGUGCUACACAGCAGCAGCUGGCCUAUGCCAGGGCCACAGGCCAUGCCAUGGCUGCCAUGCCGUCCAGUCAGGAGACAGCAGAGGCUGUGCCCAAGGGAGCAAUGGGCACCAUGGGGUCGGUGCCUCCCCAGCCACCUCCGCCGGACUCAGGGGGGCCCCUGGACCACAGCAUGCUCUACUACUAUGGCCAGAUCCACAUGUACGAACAGGAUGGAGGCCUGGAGAACCUCGGGGGCUGCCAAGUCAUGCGGUCCCAGCCACCACAGCCACAGGCCUGCCCAAACAACAUCCAGCCCCAGCCCUUGCCCUCACCAGGGGUCAACCAAGUGUCCAGUACGGUGGACUCCCAGCUCCUGGAGGCCCCCCAGAUUGACUUCGAUGCCAUCAUGGAUGAUGGCGAUCACUCGAGUUUGUUCUCAGGUGCUCUGAGCCCCAGCCUCCUCCACAAUCUCUCCCAGAACUCCUCCCGCCUCACCACUCCCCGAAACUCCCUGACCCUGCCCUCCAUCCCUGCAGGCAUCAGCAACAUGGCUGUCGGGGACAUGAGCUCCAUGCUCACCAGCCUCGCGGAGGAGAGCAAGUUCCUGAACAUGAUGACCUAGAGCCCCGAGCACCUGGCGCUGAGUGCACCUGGAGAGGUCAUCGCUGCGCAGAGCCUAGGGGUUCCAGCUGUUUUGUCUUUUUCCAAAAAAGUGUUAAAUAGGCAUGAGGGGUUGUUGCCCAAUGGCCGUUCAGACGACAGAUGAUGUAAGAGAAGGUUUAUGGGCGUCCUCUCUGGUCUUCUGGAUUAUCCCUCAGAACAAUGGAAGAAGUCUCCAUAGAACAGGAAAGAAUGCAAAACUCAUGUACACCGUGCUCUCCAGCCUUUGGUGCCUACAGGACCACUCUGCUCUGGCUUCCUCAUGGCUGACAUUUGGCUAACGAGAGAUUACUCUAGCCAAAGACUUUCCAAGGACAUGCAGAAAGAGAGUAGGGAGCAUUUGGGUUUGAAUCUGAAUGCCAUAUUAGAUAUUCUGGAAAUGUAAGCUUCUUAUUCUGCUACUUGCAAGGAGAAGGAAUUCCUGGUCCCACCUGAAUUCCUCUAUGAAGCCUAACUCUUGAGGUCUCCAAGGUCCCUUGUCAUAGAGGAAAAGCACAGAUUAUACCUGGAUGAUUCAGAAGCACAUUCUGAGUCCAGGUUUGGUAGAGCUGGCUCUUCUAACCCAUAAAGCCGAGUUUGGGACUGGCAGCCCAUCCAAGUGUAUAUGAAUGAAUAAAGUAUGUAAGUUUCACCAGAAAAAGGAAAGAAAAAAUGUACUCCUUGGGGCAAGCCCAGAAGCUGCCCUGGCCUCUCCAGACCGUGUUUACAGUGUUUGCAUGUAGAAUGUAGCCCUUCCUGAAAAGAAGACUUGUUUCUAAAUACCUCAGGGCUGCUGGAGCCGCUGUGGGUUAGGGAUCGACAAAAGUGCACUCGGGGCAGAGCCUCAGGCUGCCCUGGGGAUCUCCCAGUAGGAAGACGAAGUCAUGUGUUUACCCAAUCCUGUUUCUCCAAUGCAAUGUCCACCCAUUUACCACGAAAAACUCCACGGCCUGACAGCAGCCCAGCCUCCCCAGC